AGCUAUCAUUCCUUAACAUUCUUCAUCCAGAAUCAUUUUCAUCCUAUUAUAAGAUACAUAUAUACUAUAUUACUAUGGAUCCAAAAGUGACUCAACGAUCAUCAAAUAAUGGCUUUAGAGCAGCAAUAAUGGCCCUAAUUCUAACAGUCUCUGUUGGUUAUUUUUUCCUUUGGAUUAUGACAGCAACCUAUGUCUAUAAGAAGACAUGGUUACCCUAUCUCCGAGCUCAGACCAACUCUACAUAUUUUGGAAUUCAAGGUGCAACAAUGUUGAUAUACACAUUUCCUGUCUUAUUUAUUGCCGCCUUGGGAUGCAUAUACCUCCAUCUAGGGAAAAAUUGCCACGAUAGCAAAAUCAAAGAAAAACAUAAGUUGGCUACAUGGAGAAGGCCAGUGAUCAUCAAAGGUCUUGGGAUUGUUUCGAGGACCGAACUUAUGUUUUUUAUCAUGUUCAUUGCCCUCUUGGUGUGGUCAUUUUCAAAUUACUUGCAUAUCAGCUUUAUCAAAAUCACACCAAAGUCUGCUGCAGCAAGUGGAGAACAAGUGUGGCAAGCUAAAUUGGAUUCAGUGGCACUAAGGCUAGGACUUGUUGGAAAUAUUUGCCUAGCUUUUCUGUUAUUUCCAGUAACAAGAGGGUCUUCAGUGCUACAAAUAUUUGGUCUGACUUCAGAAGCAAGCAUAAAGUACCAUAUAUGGCUAGGACAUAUGGUUAUGACUUUAUUCUCUACUCACGGCAUUUGUUACAUUAUCUAUUGGGCUACCACACAUCAAUUAUCCGAGAUGUUGAAAUGGGCAAAGAAUGACAUCUCGAAUUUGGCUGGAGAGUUGGCAUUGCUAUGUGGAUUGGUCAUGUGGGCAACAACAAUCCCACGCAUAAGGAGAAAAAUAUUUGAGCUCUUUUUCUACACACAUCACCUUUACAUCCUCUUCAUCAUAUUCUUUGUCUUCCAUGUUGGGUUCUCUUAUGCCUGCAUUAUGCUGCCUGGUUUCUACCUUUUCAUGAUUGAUAGAUACUUGAGAUUCCUACAAUCCAGAAAAAAUGUUCGUUUGGUGUCUGCUCGAAUUCUACCAUGUGAAACUGUCGAGCUUAACUUCUCCAAAACUAAAGGUUUGAAUUACAGUGCUACUAGCAUCAUGUUUCUGAAUGUACCAAGCAUUUCAAAGAUGCAAUGGCAUCCUUUUACAGUUACUUCAAGUAGUAAUUUGGAGGCUGAGAAGCUCAGUGUUGUAAUUAAAGGAGAAGGAAGUUGGUCAAAGAAGCUUUACCGGACACUUUCUUCUUCCAAUCCUGUUGAUCAUCUAGCUGUCUCUGUUGAAGGACCUUAUGGACCUGCUUCCACUCAUUUUCUGAGGCAUGACUUAUUGGUUAUGGUGAGUGGAGGGAGUGGAAUCACCCCCUUUAUAUCCAUCAUAAGGGAACUAAUCCACACAAGUGAAUCACUAAAAUGCAAUACACCAGAAAUCCUCCUCAUUAGUGUAUUCAAGAACUCAACAGACCUCACUAUGUUAGAUCUUAUCCUUCCAAUUUCUAGCACCGCAUCAGAAUUUUCAAAAUUGAAGGUUCAAAUUGAGGCUUAUGUAACAAGAGAAAAAGAACUCACAAUGGAAAACAGCAACAAAAAUUUGAGGACUAUUUGGUUCAAACCCAAUCCUUCUGAUGUGCCAAUCACUCCAAUUCUUGGCAAAAAUAGUUGGCUUUGGCUCGGCGCAAUAAUAUCAUCUUCCUUCAUUAUUUUCCUCGUUUCGCUAGGGGUUUUAACUAGAUUUUACAUAUACCCUAUUGAUAAAAACACCUAUAAGAUCUACUCUUACCCAAAAAAGUAUGUAUUGUAUAUGUUAUUUAUGUCAUUAUCCAUAGCCAUCACAGCUACUGCAGCUUUUGUUUGGAACAAGAGACACAAUGCCAUGGAAGCCAAACAGAUUCAGAAUAUGGAAGGGGCAACUCCAAUGGCCUCACCAAAUUCUUGGUUCUAUAAUGCAGAUAGGGAGUUGGAGAGUUUGCCUCAACAAUCACUUGUUCAAUCUACUAAUCUCUAUUUUGGUGAAAGGCCAGACCUAAAGAGAAUCCUGUUUGAGAGGAAAGAAUCAAGUGUUGGAGUUCUUGUGUGUGGACCAAAGAAGAUGAGACAUGAAGUUGCUAACAUAUGUUCAUCUGGUUUAGCAGCCAAUCUUCAUUUUGAGUCCAUCAGCUUUAGUUGGUGAUUUCAACAUUUUGAAGACUCAUAACACAUACACAGAAGAAAAAUCAGACGGUUCUAUCUUACUCCCAAAGAAAGGGGAAAAAAAAAAAAAAAAAAAGAGAGAUUAAUGUUCUUUUUUGUUACCUUCGGCUAUGGUUUGAGUUUUAAUGUUUUUACUGUAAAUUUGAAGAAUAACAUGUGUCCUCCGUCUUGAAAUAUAAAUAAUAAUGUUCUUGCUAGUCCCUAUUGUAUACUCCAUUUUUUGGGUAGAAACUUGAAAGAGUUAC